AGUCAAUCACAUGAUCAGCUCCAAGGGAGGAAACCAUGGUAACGGCAUCAGUGGAACAAGUCGUUGUUACUAUGGCCCCCCAAGCCUUCAUCAGCUACAAAGGGGUAUACAUACAAUUUAGAAUCUCUCCUAAAAUAUGGCAGGUGAACAUGAAGCAAACUUUCUUAAGAUUAUUUUGCUGUUGAUGAAGUAUGGAUCAAAGGUUUUGCAGCACAGAAUUGAGUUUGAACUACGAGAUCGGGAAUGGCAGAAAGUGACUCAGUUUCUAGAAAAACGAAGACAUGAUAUACUUCAUCUAACUUUUGAUAAACAGAAAAGAUGUUGCAUCAAAGACUGCAAAAUUCCAAAUUCAAGGAAGUGUUCGAUACAUUACAAUUUGUUAAAGCUUAUGUACGAAGACGUGAAAAAAAGUUGUUCCACAAAGUUCAUUGAUUGCUGUUCUUGCAACUUAGUUCCUAAAACUGAUUUGGACAUAAAUGAUUGGGAUAUCACUCUGACAAGCUGCCUGCUAUUGGAGGUAAUUGGUUUUAAAGAUGCUGGACAGAAACAAGCAAUUCAGAACUUACGAAAUCUACGGAAUAGCAAGGAACUUUUACACCGAGGAAAUGCUGAAAUGCAGGAUGACGAAUUUGAAAAAAUGUGGAUAAGGUUGUCAAAUGAUAUUAAGGAAGUUGCUGAGAAAUGUGAACCAUAUUUCUAUUCAUCCAUUUGUGAGGAUGUAGACAGAUUAAAGGAUAAUCCCCUUGAACAGGGGGAAAGUUACAAAGCACAAGAGUGUUGGAAAGAAUUGAAGAAAAAUGAGGAGAAUUCAAUACAGAGUUUGGUUAAUCUAUUGACUUCAUCUAAAUCAGAGUUGAAAUUGGACAUUGAAGUUGAAAACAUCUAUGGGUAUUCAAAGUAUUGCCUUGAAGACCACACAAAAAAGAUUGGAAUGUAUGUUGCACCAAAGAAGGCAAUUAACCACAGUUUGAAGGCUCUAGAACAUCACAGAUUGAUUGUCAUAACUGGAGAGGCAGGAAGUGGUAAAACUCGCUUUGGACUUGAGUUGAUGUCCCAGAUGCAGAGAAAACACCAGAACCUCAUAGCGUUAAUUCUAACAGAAUGCAGUCAGUGGAACAAAUUAGAUUUUAAGAAAGAAUACAUUCUCUUUAUUGAUGAUUUAUUGGGGAAAUCAAAUGCUAAUGAAUUAGCUUUUCAGGGCUGGAGCAUGGCUUUUGAUUCAAUGCAUAAAAUAUUAUUAAAUAAUCAUGUGAUUAUCAUAUUUGCUCUAAGAAAUUGUAUUUGGCAUUUAAUGAAAGACAGAUUAGCUGACUACACAUUGUUCAGAUUGCUAAAUUCAUCCAAUCCCCCAGUAGAUCUCUCAGGAGAAUUUGUAAUGACAUCUCGAGAAAAGUUAAGGAUGUUAAACAGCUACCGUAGCUAUAAUAAUGUUAAUAUGUGUUCAGCUUUUCAUAAAAAAAAUAUAUCACUUGAAUGUUCAAGAAUUGGCCCUUUGUGUAUAUGUCAGGAAACCCUCAAAAUUAUUGCAGACAUGAAUACUGUACAUGGGUUUCCAUUUCUAUGUGAAAAGUUUUUCUCUGAUCAGGAAUCUUUAAAACAGGGAUCAAGUUUUUUUCAUAUUUCAGCACGUAUUUACAUGAAAGGACAAAUGGAUGAGUUAUUGUGUAAAGAAAAGUACCUGCAUUAUGCAGUGUUGGUUUUCUUGUGUCUGAAAGAUGGUUUGCUUAAAAAAGAAGAAAUUUCAAAAUUCAAAAAAGAAAUAGUACAUGUUGCUGGACAAAUUGGAGACAUUAACCCCAAAAAGAUCAUUUAUGCAACAGUGCUUAGUUGUUUAAAUGACAUGGUAGAUAUUUUCAUAAGUUUAUCUGAUAAGGGCUAUAGAUUAAGACAUAUGGUUAUUGAAGAAGCUGUUCUAAUGUCUUUUGGAGAGAAUUUUUCUGAGGAAUUUUUAAAACUUGUCCAUAAAACAGUCCUGUUUACUUAUGUUAGAUCAAAUGGUUAUAUUUGUGGUGAUCAAGAAGUUGUUGUCCAGUUAGAGGAUAACAUGACAGAAAGUUUGGCUAAAAAACUGAUUGAUGUAUAUUGGUCAAACAAAGAGGAAGCAUAUUCUGAUGUGUAUAAGCAUCCAUCAUUUGAAGACAAAAAACUGGUUGAUUGUUUUCUGGACAUUUUAGAGGGAGAGGAAAGUUUUAAGGUAUUUGUAAAGUCAUUUUUAGCUGGCGCCUGCAAGGAAAGGAAAGACAUUUUAGCUAGUGAGGUGAUUAGAAGAUUUGUUAGCUCUGAUGAAUUUGAUAGUGAUAUUUUAGAUUUAAUUCUUAACAAUGACCUUAUUGAUAGUUUCCGGCAAUACAUGAAUGUAUUAGGGUUUGGGAAAUUAUUUUUAAAAUUGAAGCAUGAAAGCUCUGGUGUUCAAUUUUUAAAUAAAAUUUUUGGAUAUGGAGCUCGAAAAUGCUUAAUGGACAUACUUAAUAAUCUUGAUGCAGACAAUGAUUUAGAAACAGAUUGUGACAAGAAAAAAAAGACUUGGAAGCUAGCAGAAAUUUGUAAUGCCCCCUUUUCUUUGUUUGGAAUACGUGAAGAUUAUGCUGAUAGACGUUUAUUAAGAGCAUGUUGGGAUCACCUUUUUCAAUCAUGGAUGUGUGAUAUACGGCCUCAUCAUGACCCGUCUUCUGGUAAUGAUUGGACAAAUGUACUGACAAAGUUAGCAGAGCUCUGUCCGAGUAUAGAGAUCAGAAAUGACUUUUACCUGCAUAUUAUACAGUUUUCUAUCAUUCAUGAUAAUUUUGAUUCUGCUUAUGGAUAUCUUGAAAAGAUUCAAAACAUUUCAGAAAAGCAAGUGUGCAUAUUAAUAGAAUUUUUUUGGUACAAAAAAAUUGAUCUUAGUCUACCGGUAAUUCAUUUGUUGUGCAGAAAAAUUAAAAAUGUUCAUUUUGAAUGUAAUUCUCAAGCAUUAACAGAUGCGAUUUUAAGAUGCAUUCGUAGAACUGGCAUGGAGGAUAUGUUCCUUACUUUUCUAAAUGAAAUUCCCUGCAACUUUUAUUAUCACAUUCGUGGAAGAACAAUUCUCCAUGUUUGUGAAGAGAGGAACUUCUCUGAUUCUACUUUACUAAGACUUCUUCAGAGACCAGAGGGAAUGUUUAUGUUUACCUCGGUAGAUGAAGAAGGGAGAACUCCCGUUCAGUGUAGGGGUGCCUACAAAAAAAUUCGAAGAAAAGUGGCCAGUCAAGGUGCAUCGUCGCAAACCGCGGUUUUGAGCCCACAAGUUUUUCUCGGUUACCCACGGAAGAUGAAGGAGAGAAUCGGUGUGAAUCACACGAGGGUCACCGACGUUGGUCAAGGUGCAGCAGACCAUUGUUGUAUACGUGAUAUAGAUUGGAGGGAUGAUACUCUGGUUGUAAAUUCAUCAUUUAAAGAUCUUCAUGUUCAUGAUGUAGCUUGGAGGGACGAUACUCUAGUAUUAAAUACAUCACUUAAAGAUCGUCGUGUCAAAGAUGUAAAGUGGUGGCGUUAUUAUCUAAGGAACAGGGGCAACAGGAGGCGGUUGCCGUUGCGCCGAUAUCGAUUACCUUACCUGGUACUCUCUGCAUUCCAGUCUCAAAACUUGAGGGAUUAAUAUGUAUUAAUCACCCUCUAUAUACAAGUUUUUAAAGCAUUCUUUCGGCAAGAAAAAUAUGUUAAUCGUUCCAUCGAUAUAUGGUUACUGUACAUUCUGUAAUUAUCACAAAAUCAUAAUUUUCUGUUACUAUACUAUCUGUAAAACUAAUUUCGAAAACUUACAUUUUACAAUGACACAAAAAAGGGUUAAAACUCUAUAAUCCAGAAAUUCACCGAGAUGCUACAGUUGUUUUUAACCUUUCUAAUUUUUGUCAGCACGGGAUUCACGGAUAUCCAUUUUUGGACUUUUUGAAUGAUAAGUCGAAUCAAAAUUGAUUCUUAUAACAUAUGCAUAUAAACUUCUUCUCUAACGUUUCUUCAAAACUAGUGGCAGUAAUAUAACAUUUUGUAAAGAAAAAUUGGACACAUCAUAGAAACCAUAGAAUAACUUCAAGUCAAAUUCGGGAUUUAACCCCCCCCCCCCCCCAAUAUUUAUUAAAUUCGCCAAUAUGAAAUAACUUCCGACGUCCCUGUUUCUCAUGUAACAUGUUUACCACGUGACUGUAUGGAGUACAUUAAAGGCCGAACAUUCUUACAGGUUGGUAAAUCUCAGGUGAGGGCGGGGCUUAAGGGCCGUACAUUUUUGAUGUAGAAUGUAGUAUAAUACAUUUAAUAAAAUGGAUCAUUACAAUAUGAAUAUAAUAAUUGAAUAUCUGCUGUACUAUAGUAUUAUAUUUGCAUUUGUGAGUUUAACCUGAAGAAAUUGAUUUGUAUAUUAUGCAUUAUUUAUUAUAUGAUAUUAUUAAUGAUUAUAGUUAUUAAUGAUUUCUAGAUAAAUCAUAUGUUAUUGGAUUAUUUUUUUUCACUUUACACUCGGGUAUAUUAUGUAUUAUAUGAAACA